AUGUACACACAGGCACAUGUAUAUACAUACACAGACACAUGUACAUCCAUACACAUGUACAUCCAUACACACAAACACACACGUACAUGCACACAGACACAUGUACAGAUACACACAUGUAUAUACAGUACACACACAGGCACCCCCCAUAUAAAGUUGCAGUACUUCGUUGUUCACUCACAGAUCUGAGUACUGCACUCUAGGCGGAGGCAGAGUACAGCACACACUCCUUGCUUUGCUUUCACUGCGCUCAGCUAUUAGGCAGUCUGAUGGCUCCCAGUGCCAAUGACAGACCUGGCCUGAGCUCCGAGCCUGCUCAGCAAGACGGCCCUGGAGGACACACUCGCCCCCACCAUAAUUUCCACUCGCCAUUGGCGAGCAGGCGACUGGAAAUUUCAAGCCCUGGUUUACAUAUUAACGGCUGU